CCCCCUCCUCCUCAUUCCUGUAAUCGAGCGUCGAGCUGCACGAUCCGCACCUCUGCAAUUAUGCACGUUUCUAGUCGGUGUGGAUUCUCGGUAAACACAGCAGCAGCAGCAGCAGACCGUGGCACCGUCACACAGCUCCAGCCCCUCGGCAUUCCUCACAGGUUGUUAGUAGCGUGUGUGGAGCAGCAGGCGGACUCGCUUGUUGUUUACCAAAAAUGACUCGACAUGGCUGUAGCCUUCACCGUACGGUUCUGCGAGCGACGCUGGGAAGUAUGAGCAGCUGAGAGAGCGAGACGAAAAUCAUCUUAAUGAAAGUCGUAAGUGGGGUUGGGUGGCCAUGGACCCAUUCAGCCAGCUUAUCCUCACCAUCUCGGUGACCAGCUUCCUCACCUUCCAGUGGCUCUUCCACAAAGUCAGCCCAUGGAUGUCCAUGCGCAUCAGCCCGGGCUUCUUUGGCCUCAGUGACAAGCAGAAGGUGGAAUGGAACUCGAGGACGGUUUCAACAUUUCAUGCACUGUUGGUGGGAAUAUUCUGUCUCUACAUCUUGUUCUUUGAUGAUGCCGUCAACGAAGACCCAGUCUGGGGAGAUCCUACACUGGUGAAGACUAAUGUUGCCAUCACAACAGGCUACCUCAUAUCUGAUCUGCUGCUAAUAUUUUACUAUUGGAAGGCGAUAGGCGACAAGUUUUUUGUAGUUCACCAUCUGGCAGCAUUGUAUGCUUACUACUAUGUACUGGGCCAAGGAACGUUGCCUUAUUUUGCUAACUUCCGUCUGCUUGCUGAGUUUUCUACACCAUGUGUGAACCAGCGCUGGUUCUUUGAGGUACUAGGUUAUCCCAAGUCGUCCCGGCCCAACAUGGCGAACGGCGUUGCCAUGGCAGUAGUCUUUUUCAUGGUCCGCAUCGCCGUCAUGCCAGUCUACUACAGUCGCAUGUAUGCAGUCUACGGCACCGAGGCCUUCUACGUGGUGCCCUGGGGUGGCCGCGUAGCCUGGAUUUGCGCCAGUAUUUGCUUGGACAUCAUGAACAUUAUGUGGAUGCAUAAGAUUGCCCGUGGUUGCUACAGGGUGCUGCGCUCAGCACGCCACAGCAAAGCUGGCACACCUCAGGAGAACGGGAAGACGGAUUAAGGGAACCAGGGGGUUGGUGGUGUCAAAAUGCCACAACUGAGACAAAACGACAACAAUCUCAGUGCAUUGAUGAGUAGCAGUUUGGACCCUGCAUGUCAGGCUGCUUCGGUAGCAGCAUACCAAGGACUUGACAUUAAAGGACUGAAUGUAAUGAGGGAAAUUUUUUAUUUUUUGUUUUUGGAAAGCAGGCACAGUCACUGAGAUGUACUGAUGGACCUUUUGAGUGGCCAUCCCGAAGCCAUGAAAUAAUGACCUCUCAGCAAUACUCUGUGUGCAUGGCCAAUUAGUUUUCUCUUGAACAAUUUACCACUACAAAAGAGGUCAUCCUGGGACAACCGGACUGUUAGCCCAACCACAAAUUGUCAAAAAGUUUACCGUUCUUUACAUACUUACUGCUCAACAGAAGACUUUCUUUUUGUAUCAAUUCUGCUGCCUGAGUUGCAGAAUUUCAAAAAAAAUGAUGAAAAUUAAAAUUUGUGUUGCUGAUGAAGCAAAGAUUUGAGGGAAACCUCCAAAACACUCAGUGAUUCCACAAUGAUGGUCAGUGCCACAAAAUCAAUGUCAGAUGCCUGUUGAGGGAGAGUUGAUGGAAUCAGACCACAUCAGUUGCAAACACAGAGAAGACGAAGUAUGAAUUGUAUCACUCACCUGCUGUCAUUCAGUUAAGAGGUUCAUUUCGGGAAAAAAACAUGCUUAUUGGAGUAGCACAAAUCUUGGUUGCAUCUGCAUGGUUAUUUUAAAUAAUGUAGGGUUGAACAGGCAUCAGUAUGUAGUUUAUUUCUUUUGUCUUGCUGGGGUCGAGGCAAAUUAGUUUUUUAAUACGCAAACAAUGAGAUAACUGUUUUUAAUCAAAAGGAGAUGAAUUUACAGAGUACCUUGGAAAUGUAAAAAGGGAAACAGAAUGUCAACAAUUGUGUUUGUUCACUGACAUUAAGCAGUUCAAGAAUGCAAUUUUGAAACAUUGAGGCAGCAUCUGAUUUGUUCAGUCACUUGGUUUGUGUAUGCAGCCUGAUAUUUCACAAAAUGGACAAAGGUAUAAUGUCGCAUAAACUAAAGUAUGUUGUUGACGCUGUUUGGUCAUCAUUAUAUUUAUGUUGAAUCGGUGUCAAAACAGAAAUUGUUAAACUUCAGUGAGUAUGUAGUUUAAAAUUCAUUUUAAAGAGGUUUGGUAGGAGAUGUUAGCAGGAUUCUGACACUCUUCUCAUCAGUCACUGACCGGAAAUUUAAAUAGUUUUCAUACUUUCUAUUUACGAUAUCUUUUGAGGCACCAGCUGUUCAUUUUUAGCCCUUGGCAACAUUUGCCAAGAAGCUGCAUGCUAUGGUGUGUAUUUUACAUGAAGGAAGUGGAAAUUUUUAGCUAGUAAAUUCAAUUCGGCAUAAGAUCUAAGAAGUUGUUUCUGCAGAUUUUGGCUUAAUAUGAAUAACCAGGGGUAAUCAGUGUUUCAGAUGGUGAAAACACUGUAAUACUUUGUAAUUAUCUUUGAAGGUUGUGAUUCAAAAAGUUUAUUGCCUCAAGUUAUAUAUGAUUUGUGUUCUUUCAUAUUUAUACGGUGGGCUAACACAAAGACUGUGUUGUUCCUUUUAGCCAACAUGAAUAUAUGGAAAAUUUGUCAGAAUUCACAUGUUCCAGCUGUUUUGGUUGCCAUGGUUUUACUUACAAAGCAGUUACACAUACAUCACCAUACAACACAAUAAGGAAAAAUGUGUCAUUUGUCGGAAUUUAGCGCUUUAUUUCACAGAUGAUUUAUGAUACAUACUUGAAUAUUCAUUGUAGAUGUAUCUUUUACAUGAGCUGUACAUCAAACACUUCUGUCAAAUGUUUUGUGACACGAACAGGGAUUGUUGUAAAGUAUGCCUUGCUAUGCUCAGCAUUUGAUUUUAUUGCCUUUUUCAAACAACAUAUGAUUGCACAGUGAAUAUUUUGUUACACCUACUCCUCACAGCACUGAAAGUUGUUUUUUUCAGUGAUUUACGUGUGUGUUUUCUAUGUCUGAUGCCUGUUUAAUGUGAUUGUUUGGCCUUUGUAAUAUAGUUUCAAAUGUAAAACUGAGAGGCUCGGUAACGCUGGUUGCUUCAGUGAUUUUAGUUUUGUUAUGCUUUUAAAAAAAUUUCUAAACUUUUAUGUAUUUAUGCCAGUGCUUAAGCCAUUACUACACCGUGGUAAAUGCACACAGUGUUGCCAUGGGUUGAUUCUAUUUUAUAUUUGUUGCUGUUGUUUGUUUUUUUUUUUCUCCCCUCAAAGAAUAGUUUUUAUACAGCUGUGCCAACUUGCAGCCAUGAUUCAGUGGUUCUGAUGGAUUCUGUUCACAUUACCGUAUCUGCAUGCUGUGGCUAGUCACAGUGUCACAAGACUCAGUUUAGUGAUGGGUGUUAGAACAGUGUGAGCAAGUCAUUUCAGCUAUAACAUUGAUUGGCGGCCGGCAAAGAAGCAAGAGGGAUUUGACAGCUGAUCAUGUGUGGAUGCCAUGUACGCUGCAGGUGAAUAUCACCAUCUCACAUUCUAGGAAAAGGAGGCGAGAUGCGUCAAUAUUUCACUGCAACCAAGUGGAAAUCGUGCGUCCGUGUCAGGACAGCAGACCACUUCAGGUAGAAUCAGGGUAGGAAGCUCAUGCAUGAUGAAUAUGGUCUUUUUCAUGCACCUUCUAUAACUGCAUGUGGUAUUGCAUGGGGAUUGCACUGUAAACAAAAUAGCAUAUACAUUUGCAAGACAAAUUUCAUUCUUUGUUUUCUUUUUCUUAGUACAUGUACAUAAUGUUUACUUAAAUGUUAUUCUUGUACUGUGCCACAUAAUGUAACCCACAGAUGAUAACAAUGAUGUGACGGUAACAUCAUGAAGCAGAUAUUUAGCAUAAUAUCCAGCACAGAAAUAAUCCGUAAGGGAAUACUUGAAUACUAAUCAGCACAGUUUAUAACAAUCUGGGCAGUGCAAGUAAACAUUAAUCUUAUGAGGAUCUUGCAUUACAUGUGUACCAUUGUUUUUUAAUUUAUUAAUCCAAGAGAAGCUGACAUAAAACAAAGCAGGUGCCAUGGUAACGGAGGGCCUGGUGCUGCUAUCGGCUUGUUAAACUGGUGUUUCUGUUCCUACUGUUGUUUGGAGGAGAUAUGAGUAGGUGGAGUGUUUAGUGACAUUCUAUGAAUGUACUGGAGAUGAGAAAAUAUUUGUCAUUUACAUUUUCAUUUAUUCUUGACAAUAAAUACCAAAUUAACUGCU